AUGGCAGAAGGCCAAGACGGGGACGUCGCCUUUGCAAUACGGAAAAACAUCGUGGGACGACUGCCCUGUCUGCAACAGGGCAUCAACGAUCGACUGAUGAGCCUGCGUCUGCCUCUUCGGGAACCCAACUUCAACACCAUCAUCAGCGCCUACGCCCCAGCAAAGGCUGGCUGUGAUGGGACAAUGACCAAGUUCUACGAGGAUCUGUACACUUUUCAGGCGGUUGUGCCAAAGGCGGAUAAGUUGAUUAACCUCGGUGACUUCAGGGCCUGCGCCGGGACAUACUGUCCUGCCUGGAGGGAGUGUUGGGUCUUCACGAAAUCGCCGGUUUCAACAGCAAUGGCUUCCUCUCCCUCUUUCUUCUCCUGCAAACCUGCGGUGAACACCACCUCCUGCUGA